CCUCCCAUCAUCUGCCCAGCCGUCUUGGUCCUGUUCACCAACCCCGAUCUCUGUCGGCCCAGGCAUUCCACGCACAUACAAACAGCCUAAUGGAGUCUAACAGCGACCUGCUCGGAGAUGCUCUGCCAGAGUACCUCGCCGAGAAUUUCGAUCCCAGCAAGCUUUCUGUGCCGGCGCUCUCAUCCCUGCUGUCCCGCGAAGGUGUUGUGCUGCCCCCAACCAAGCAAAAGAAGGACGUCUACAUCCAGCUCUUCAACAACCAAAUCGCAGCCAACCGGAAGCGCCUCAUCGACAGCCACAGGAAGAAGUUGGCCAUCCAGAAGGACAUUCAGAAGCGCAAGCGUCCGUCGGAAGCCUUUUAUACCGUCCCAGCCUCGUCCAGAGAUCACAUAUCGUUUGGCAAUGUCCGCGACCAGGACCAACCAGUCGAUGAUACAGAGCGGGCCUUGGAGCUUGCGAGUUCCUCCCUCGUUGCCGUUUCAGUCGACUCUCAGGAUUCUGACUUUGAUGAAUUUGUCGAAGAGUCCGAGGACGACUCCACCGCGGUCGAGGCUCACUCCGGCCCGCACACACCCAACCACAGAGGCUCUCCCAAGAAGACCAGCGACAUUUCAUACGAUAACCCCUUCCAAACUCCUCCAAAGGCGACUCCAUCGUCGGCGUCUCGGAGAAAGUCCACCGGCGCCAUCUCAAACCCUCCGUCCGCCAACCAGUCGGAUGUCGACUCAGAUGUUGCCAUGCUCAAGACGCCCAAGAAGAAAGUCCGUGCGUCGUAUGCCCCUGGAGCGCAUCGGCCUGCGUCGACUCGGCCGCUGCAAAUUGCCGCAAACCCGUCACCGCAGCCGUUCAACUUCCGAGCUCACACCCCAAAGGUGACUGUGCCAAGUUUCUCGAACACAGACGAGCCCCCGCCGUUUGACUCGGCCCCCCGCGGAUCUGCAAGUGCCGUGAGCGCUGCACAUCCGCACGCCUCCGCUGGCCCACAUUCUGCCAGGCCUUCUGCAUCGUCUCGUCGAAAGUCUGUCAACGACUUCCGAGCAAAAGGCUCCUGGACCGAGGAUCCUCAGCACUCGGCUUCUCGCCGAUCUCUGGACCAGCGCUCGGUUGUGCUGUCGGCAUAUCACGAGAUCGAUACCAUCGACGAAAUCGAGUCUCUUGACACUUACGAGGGCCACAUCGCUCUCGAGGAUGCUGCUGCCUUGGGCGAACCGGACACAGUGGAUGAUUCGCCGGCGGCGAUGGAGGCGCACGCCCUCCCGGCCACCAUCCGUCCAGGGAGAAAAACAAUGGAUCCCAGUCUACUUGCCGAGCACAGCUCCCAGUCCAGCUCUGUGGCCAGCGUCAGGCGCAACUCAUCCUUUAGCGAGCUGUCCAAGACUCCGAGAAAAUCGCUGGGCGUCUACACCCGCUCGACCGACGGAAUCGAUGGCCCCCUGGUCGCAGCCAGAUCCAACGCCGCUAGCUCCCCUACCGCACCAGGCGAGGCUGUUUCUGGACUCAAGAAACGGGCUCCCGCACCCACGACCCCGCCGGCAGCUAAGCACAGUGUGGCCGAGGCCACCACGGACGAUGAGCGCCCCAAGCACGCCCACGCCGCUGGCGAGGCUCCCGCGACACCCAAGCCUCCCAAAAAGAAAAAGGCUGGCAGGCGCAGCUCGGUGCGAAGAAAGGAUACCACACUCCCACCCAAAGGAUCUGGGCUCUGGAUGCUCUGGUUGGCCCUGGCCGUGCUGCUCGGAUACGGCUAUUUCGACUGGCGCAACGGUAUCGAAGGCGACAUGGGCUACUGCGGCCCCAACAAAGAAGAUCAGCGACCCAGCUACAAAGGCUACAAUCCAUUUGGAUAUGCCCUGCCGACCUGCAUCCCAUGCCCGGAGCGUGGCACCUGCACCGAGAGCAACCUUCUGGCGUGCGAAGGUGACUACUAUCUGGCUCCCAACUGGGUCACUUCUGUUGUCGGCACCCGGGGCUUGAUUUACUCGCUCCUGCCUUUCCCCUGGACCGAGCCCACCUGCAAACCCGACCUCAAGAAGAUAGCCAAGGAACAGAAGGAAGUCCAGCAGAUCCGUAGCAUGACCAACGCUCUGGAGGAGAUUGUGCGACGAUGGACUGGUCAGUUUGAGUGCAAACGGAUCCUGCAGAUCCGCAGCGCCCUCCACUCGCCCAAGAAACAAGACCCCCAUCUCUCGGCUGAAGGCAACAUUUGGUCCGAGGAUGGUAGACACGUGCUUGGCAUGCCGCUGUCGACCGCCAAGAACAGCCUCAAGGCGCUCAUUGGCACUCGCUGGGACGAUGUCCGGUUCGAGGAGCAGUGGAAGCUUGUGCUCAAGCGAAUCAACACGACCGAGUGCCUCUUUGACGCUCCGCCGCGGCCUGAAUCAGAGUCGGCUGCGUCGACAUCCGUGACUUCAGCCACGCCAGCAUCCAGCCCGACCCUCACCGACGCCAAGACCAAGCCGGAGGCAGCAGUAAUCGAUUCGGAUCUGUCCUGCAUCUAUGCCAACCAACAACGCAUGCUCCGAUCCAGCAAGCCCCCGAUCAUGCCCCUGAGCUGCCGCAUCAGUAGAAGUUUGCUGGACUGGAUCUCAAAACACUUUCUGGAGCUCUCCGUGGCCGGUUUCACGAUCUUUGGCGUUGCCUUCUAUUGGGGCCAAGCGCACUAUGCUCGACAAGAGUCCAAGAUGAUCUCGGAGCUGGUCGACGAUGUGCUCGAGGCGCUCCACCAGGAAGGUGACAAUCACUUCCGAGAUCCCGUUCGAUAUCCCAUCCCCGGCCUCAGCACCAACCAACUUCGCGACCACUUUCUGCCCGUCCACAAGAAGCUCGGAUCGCCGUCUCUCGGCCGCAGCGAGAGCGCUGUUUCUGAUGGGGAGGGCCUCGAGUCUCCCUCGGCUCUGGCGUCGAUGAUGAACAAGAAACGGUUCAACUUGGAUCCACAGCAGCGCCAGAAGGUUUGGAUCAAGGUUUCUGAGAUGGUCCUCCUCAACUCGAAUGUGCGCGAGACAAGCAUGGACAUAUGUGGCGAGCAGCACCCGGUCUGGCAGUGGAUCGGCUCACAAGCCCUGGCUCCCAAGAAAGCCAUGAGCAGUAUCGGCACGGGCGGCCCCUAUGAGCUGUAGGGGCUCAACAGAUCACUCGCCUGCCUUUGGCGUUCCAAACCACACAAGGCACCACCGCACGAGAACAGUGGCCCCGAUGGCGCCGAUGCCACAGCACAUGCCUCUGCACCCCUUCAUCAACAUCAAAUCCAACCACUCCACUCUUCACUUCAUUCUGUACUCCUAACUUUCUUUCAUUCGCUCAUUGGGCCAGCUUGGCUG